GAAUGUAGGUUAGUGAAACCAUCGAACCGUUACGCACAAUACCUCAGUUCAAACGGAAAUAUCACGACUGUAAGGCAUAUCCGAGCAUUCCAUCCAACAAAAACCAGACAAAUUGAACAAAAAUCCACGUAAUGAUGUAAGAACACCUCUCGUCAGCGAUUUCGUAUCACAAUUCCGAGAAACUCUGAGCGAAAUAGUUAACUAGCAGCUUAUAACAAUUGUCACAAGCAGAUAAUAAACACAGAGAGCGCCAACAAUAAAAUGACUCAAUCCCCGAACCCCUUGGCACCGGUGAAUUCCCCUGUGUUUUUGGUGAGAGAAAUCUCCCCCCAUGAUUAUUACGAAAUGGAGUUUCGAAUUUUUACUCAAGGUGGGGAAGCUCGGUGACAAGAUAAGUAGGUUUACGCCUCAACUUCGUUGUAGGAAUGGUAAAAAUCCAUAUUCUCGAUCAACAGUUGCCGCUUUACGGUAUCUAGCCGCGUUAGAAAGUGAUUCCUCCUGGUUUUAUCCAUUUCUGCAUGUUAAUGAUACUUAAUUAAUGCAAACUCACUGGUAAGUGGCUGAAAGGGAGACGAGCUGGGGCUGGCAUCCAGCUGGUGAGAGAACUUUCUUCGGGUGUGCGAGCACACGUCUGCUCACUUCAAUCAUUAGUAUCGCGCGAGUUUAUGAGACCGGUGAAAGCUUCUGGAGUUCUUCUCGUCGAUGUCACUGGGUUCUCCUUGAAUAAAUAAAGCAAAAAUCAAAAUUGAUCAUCGCGAAAUCAUUAGCCAUUAAAUUAUGAAGUACGUUGUGGCUCUCAGGCGUUGAGAUAUGACGCGCGAAAGACGGGAGGGCAGAGUGCUGAGUCAGGAUAAGACAGAUUUUUGAUAGUAAGAGUUCAUCGUCAUUUAGUUCAAGUGCUGUGGGAUUAUCAUGAGGUGGUCUUCGGUUAUUGUUCUGGCAUUUUGCUGUCAGUGUUUGCUGGUCUACGGAUUCAUUCGGCCACACCGGAUCGAGAGCGACACCAGAAUCUUCGGUACCUCUCCGAGGAACCGCUCCGGUAAAUUCCUCUUCGAUGAGAUAUUCGGCAUCGACAUCACGGGCGGUGCCGCCAGCGAGAGCAACGAGCAAAGAAUUCGGAAUUGCAGUUGUGAGUGCGGAGUGUAUAAUCAGGAGAAUCGAAUUGUGGGUGGUCAAGCAUCAGCACCGCAUCGUUACCCUUGGGUAGCACGUUUGGUGUAUGAAGGUCGAUUUCACUGCGGCGGAAGUCUCUUGACGAAUGACUACGUCCUCACCGCUGCCCAUUGUGUCCGAAGGUUACAGCGAUCAAAGAUUCGGAUCAUCCUUGGUGAUCACGAUCAGCUGAUCAACACCGAGGCGGUGUCUGUGAUGCGUGCUGUCAGUGCAAUAGUUCGCCACAGGAAUUUCGACAUAAACUCUUACGAUCACGACGUGGCCCUGCUGAAGCUUCGGAAACCAGUUAAAUUCUCCAAGACGAUAAAACCCAUCUGUCUCCCAGCAUCAUCAACGGAGCCAGCUGGUAAGGAGGGCAUCGUCGUUGGAUGGGGUCGCACCAUGGAGGGCGGAAUGCUUGCGGGAGAGGUGCGCGAAGUUAAGGUGCCGAUCCUCACGAUCGACCAGUGCAAGAGGAUGAAGUACAAAGCUAGUCGUAUCACUGAUAACAUGAUUUGCGCUGGUAGAGGGAGGAUGGACUCCUGUCAGGGGGACAGCGGGGGUCCCCUACUCGUGCAGGAAGGUGAUAAGUUUGAAAUAGUCGGGAUUGUGUCGUGGGGCCUCGGCUGUGGGAGGCCCGGAUAUCCAGGGGUUUACACGAGAGUCACGAGAUAUCUCAAUUGGAUCAACAACAACAUGCAAGACACCUGCUUUUGUAACAAAUAAAUCACUUACUAUAUACAGAAAUAGAAAUAAAUCGUGU